AUGUGGUGGGGCGCGUGCGCGCUGGUGAUGGGAUUCGCCGUGCUGGUGCGCCUCUGCACCGGACUGCACCCAUACUCUGCACCUCCGUCCCGCGUUCCUGUAGAGCGCUGGUCCGCACACCUCUCCCCUCUUUCUAACACCUACUUUGCUUUGCCAGUCUGCCCCUUCUCCUCCCUCGUCCCCUCUCCAGUCCCCGCCCCCAACCCCACCCGACCUUCCACCUGUCGCUCGCCCCGCGACCUCCCCCAUCUCCCGCCUGACCCUCACUCAACCCAGCGCUGCUCUCCCUCUUCCUCCUCGUCCCCUUUCAUCCCGCCCGCCCCCCUUUCCCCCUCGCUCCAUCCCUUGAACCUCACAUCGUUAUCCCGCAUGCACACCCCGCCAAAGUACGGCGACUACGAGGCGCAGCGGCACUGGAUGGAGAUCACGCUGCACCUGCCGCCCGCUCUCUGGUACCGCAACAUGUCCGGUCCGCCCAACUCCUCACACCGUUCCCUCUUCCUCCUCCCCUUUCCACCUCCCGCUUUUCCUCCACCCCUUCCUCCUUCCCGCUCCCCCCACUCCUCCGUUCCUGCUCCCCCUUCCACCCCCCUCCCCAUCCCCUCCCCCCCCCUCUCCCCUUUUCCAGGCAUGCACACGCCGCCAAAGUACGGCGACUACGAGGCGCAGCGGCACUGGAUGGAGAUCACGGUGCACCUGCCGCCCGCCCUCUGGUACCGCAACUCCACCAGCAACGACCUCGCCUGGUGGGGGCUGGACUACCCCCCGCUCACCGCGUGGCAGAGCCGCAUGCACGGAUGGGUGAUGCACCGCCUGUGCCCUGAUGCUGUUGCCCUGGGGUCGUCGAGGGGAUAUGAGUCGAAUUACAGGCAUUUCCGACUGCGCCCUCCCUCCCAACACAUCAUUUCCAGCCUGCCGCUCCCCACCUCCCUUGCCCUCUUUGCUCCCUUCCCCCUCUCCGCCCCCUACCCUCCUCCCUCGCACUCCUCUCUCUCCUCCUUCCUCUCUGCUACCCUCUCUCUCCCCUCUCCACCUUCGCUCCUCCCCUCCAUACCCACCCACCACGCUCACCCCACACCUCCCCCAACAGCAAGGCGUUGCUGCGCUGGACAGUGCUCUUCACAGACCUGCUCGCCUUAA